AUGCUGAAGAUGUCCUCCAUAUCCGCCCAGGGAGUGGUUGAGCGUGCCUCGGCCGAACUAUCGAAACGCAUCAACGGCCUUGGGCUGCGGUCGAAGCACCAUCAUGGCAGCGGUGGUGGCAAAUCCGGCGAGAAGGCUAGCGUGAUGGAGCGCGUCACGAACGUGCUGUGCGGGGGUUCCAGUAGCUCUAGCAACUCCAGCAACUCUGCCGGAAACCUCACCAUACAAACCGCUGGCCAAUCACAGUCCGGCGGCGGCGGUGGUGGUGUUGGUGGUGGAGGUGGCGGAGUAGGAGGAGGUGGCCAUGCACCCGAGAAGCCGUCCCGUGUGUCCAACACCUCGGGAGGUACGAACACGGGGGGCGGUAAAGGUGGAGGCUCGAUGUUGGGCAUGGGUUCGGGAGCUGGCGGUGGCAAAUCACAGUCCAACACACCUCAGUCGCUGAGAAAGAUUGGCCAACACCAUCAGCACGGCGGAGGGCUCAACCAUCACCAUCUGGGCGGCACGGGUAAGAUGGGCCAGUCCCAGCUGGCCCUGCCGCAGAUACUCACGAUGGAGCAGCUGCUGCAGGACGAACGAUUCUUGGCCCGGUUCUUCCUGUACUUCACGUCGUACGAGCGCUGCACACUGGCACAGGUCUGCCAGAAGUGGCGCGACUUGCUGUACCGAAGUCCGCGCUACUGGAGCGGGCUCGUGCCGGUACUGCAGUGUCGUGAACUGCGCCAGACGACCAACCAGGACCGGGUGAAGCUGUACAAUUCGCUCAUCCGGCGCAGCUUCCAUGCCGUCUGUCUGAUGGGUGCGACCGACGAAGAUGCGCUGGAUCUGGUACACUCCUUCCCACUUGCUUCGAAACACGUCCAUUCGCUCAGCCUGCGAUGCUCCUCCAUCAGUGAUCGAGGUCUCGAGGCAUUGUUAGAUCAUUUACAGUCGCUGUUCGAGCUGGAGCUGGCUGGAUGUAAUGAGAUUACCGAGGCCGGUCUGUGGGCAUGCCUGACGCCAAGGAUAGUGUCGCUUUCGCUGGCGGACUGCAUCAAUGUGGCCGACGAAGCGGUCGGAGCCGUCGCACAACUGUUGCCUUCACUGUACGAAUUUUCGCUGCAGGCCUACCAUGUGACAGACGCAGCGUUAGGUUACUUUUCACCCAAACAGAGCCACAGUCUUAGCAUUCUUCGGUUGCAGUCCUGCUGGGAGCUUACGAACCAUGGUGUCGUCAAUAUAGUACACUCGCUGCCACAUUUGACCGUGUUAUCGCUGUCGGGCUGCAGCAAGGUGACGGAUGACGGUGUGGAGCUGAUUGCGGAAAACCUCCAGAAGCUAAGAGCGCUCGAUCUGUCCUGGUGCCCACGGAUAACGGAUGCCGCCCUCGAGUACAUUGCCUGUGAUCUGAACCAGCUGGAGGAGCUAACGCUUGAUCGCUGCGUACACAUCACUGACAUCGGUGUCGGUUACAUCUCAACCAUGCUCUCGCUGUCUGCACUGUUCCUGCGCUGGUGCACACAGAUCCGCGACUUCGGUCUGCAGCACCUUUGCUCAAUGCGCAACCUGCAGGUGCUGUCGCUGGCCGGCUGCCCACUGCUUACCUCGUCCGGUCUGUCCAGCCUCAUCCAGCUGCGCCACCUGCAGGAGCUGGAGCUCACCAACUGUCCGGGCGCGUCACAGGAGCUGUUCGGUUACCUUCGCGAACAUUUGCCCCGCUGUCUGCUGAUCGAAUAAUCCCAUUCCGGUACCGGUGCUCGCCCGUUCGUGCACGUUCGAUGACGGUGGAGUAGCAAACGGUCAACACAGACAAACACCGACGCUACUAAAUGAACUGGAAACGAAAUCUCUCCUCACCGAGACGACCAUUCCCAGGCAAUGGUUCACCUCUCCGUGAAAUCCUUUAUUGUUAGUCUAAGUUGUUUUAAGGAGUUCCGUGCGGGCAGCGAUGCGGGGGUUUUUUUUCCUUGGACGGAGCAAAAUUGGUUGGCCUAAGCGAAAAACAGCACUAUAUCCCUAGCCAUUUUACUGCACGAUCGAAGGUGCUUUUUAAUGAUUCUAACACGCCUAUUAUAUACCAAAAAUGGCAUUUUGGCCACGAAUCAGUUGCGUCCUUGUUUUUACUUUUCUUACGCAGCAAACGCUUCCGGUUUUUAUUUUAUAAUGCUCUUUUAUACACUUAAAAACUUUACACACCGCUAUCUGUACUAACCGUAGUCGAAACAAUUCCUAUCCAACCGCACACUACACAAACUCACACAUAAACGAUCGAUAUUUAAAUGGCCGGUGAACAGGAGCUGGUGAUUAUUUGAGCGUGGAACUCACAAUCCAAUUUUUAUGGUAAAUUGUUAACUGAUCGCCAAAGCAAGGGCAGCGAUACAACGUAACGGUAAUGUUAAUCCAUUGUUUUUGACUGUGGUGCUCCAGAAGUUUGUAUAAUGUGGCGGAAGGCGAGGGAAACAAGCGCCAAAACGGACGCCCAAAAGAUUAAAAUUUACUUUCCUAAAAGAUGGCAGCAACAGAAGUGGAACAUUAAACGAAUCAAAACAAAACUAGAUAUGUUGGCAAAGCGAGAAAAACAAAGAAACAAUUGUUUGCAAAACCCAUAAACAAAUCCAUCACCUUUUGUCGAAAUGUUAAAUGGCUGUGUAGAUAAACGUGUAUAAAAACGACGAGAAAAUAGAAUGAAAUGCAAACAGUUGACAAAAAAACCAAUACAAAGACAAAAAGAUAUUACACUACACGCAUACAAACUAAAACAAAAAAGGCAAAGGAGGAAAAUACGCAUAGAAAAGCGAACAAAGAGAUUGGUUUGCGAGUGUUAUAAAAUAAUUAGAAAUGAAAACCCAAAACCAGUAGAGAGGUGUGUAUGAUGGAAGUGUUUAAACAAAAAAAGAAAAUGGAUGUUUGAUGGAAACCAAUUAUAAAUAAUGUGUUAGCAGAGGAAAGAAGUAGAAACGGUACACAAGGAGAAUCGUACACAUUUGUUACAGACGUAUAAAGCGAGAUGCGUUACAAAAUAUAGCCAGUGUAGAAGAAGUGAGUGAACGAAACCGUUUGUCUUGUGAUUGAAGCAUAUAAAAAAAGCGUAAGAAAAAAUAUUAAUUAACACAAACACUCACUCUCACUCUCACACUCAUUAUAACAAACAACAAAAUCCCAAACCCGGGCGGUAUUAUGCUAAUAUUCUAGAAAUGGUUGAAACACACAAUUGGUACAAGUUAAUGUAUGAGCGGAAGGCGAAGGAUAAUUAGUAUUCAUUGUAUAUAUGAUUUUUUUUAACAAACCUGACAAGACUUGACGUAGUGUGGGUCCCGGUUGUGUGGGCGGGAACCCGCCAUUACUGAUUGCGUUCGUGUUGAAGUGCGUAAAGUGACAUUAAGUAGAAGCUAGCUUUGUUUAAAAAGUCGAGAAAAGCAUUACAUUAAGCAUACGAAGCAGAAGGAAUAAAGAUAAAAGUUUAUGAAAAGCUUACCUUCAAUGAGAUCUUUUUUCCCGCUGAAAUUCCUUUCAAAGGGAAAGAGAGAGAGAGAAACACACAUUAACAAACCCAAAUAACAAAAGCAAACAAAAAUUAGAUACAAAUAAAUGACAAAAAAGAACAAACUUUGCAUAAUAGUAAAAGCAAAAGGACGUACACCCUUUGACAACAAGAUAAAUAAUACCGUGAGCUUUAGCUAAUGAUGGAAGCAAAUGCGCCAUUGCGCCAGCCGUGUUAACCAUGUACGAGAGUGUUUGCAGAUCGAAAUCUGGUGUCUGAUUUCGGGUUUUAAUUUGUCUAAACGUGUGACUUACUGACUGAUAGCGAUACAGUGUGGUCCACGCGGUAAAAAAGCUGAAAAGAAUGGUUUGAUUCGUAUCCUUGUGCCCAAAAAUUGGCAGCAGAGAGAAUAGUGAAUCUAAACCGAAAACCUAAGAAUUGUAAAACCCCUCCCUAAACAAAGGAAAAAAAGACCGCCCAUGUCAUGACUGAUAAUAUUCGAGCUCUAAACAAGAAAAAUUGAAAGUGAAUCAACCGCAAAUAAGCUAACUAGUGUAGUGCAUCUUAACAGUAACGAUGCGUGGCAAGGGUGGCCCGCCGCAGAAGAACAGGGAGCAGCAUACUUUCCAAUCGUUUUAAGGCGUCAAUUUUUCGGCCACUUUCUAAAGCAGGGGGAACAGGAAACAGCCGGUCGAGUUUGAUACGAUGGAUACAACGCAGUAAAGUAGUUGGAAAUUGGAAUCCGUUCUGUUACAUUUAUCACGGAAACGCAAAUGUAUUCGAGUAACCCUGUUUAAGCUGCGCGCGUAGUAGCUUUGGCGAUCCCUUUUUGCUGGUUUAUGAUGCCCAACCGGUCCAGCUAGGUUCUGUGUAGAUUAGUCAA